CAGCACAGCUGAAGGGGCGCGGGGCGGGGCAGGUGCUCUUCGGGUGGAGGGGUGGAGCCGGGUCGGCCACGCCCCCAGAACCGCGGAACCCGAGGCGCAGGGGCUGGCGCCGCCCGGAGGAUUAAGGGACGGGCGCUCGCACCGCCGGAAGUUGCCGGGAGUUCUCGGCGCCCUGACAGAGGCGGGAGGGCAGAGGAGCGACCAUGGAACUGCCUGAACUGGACGCCGUCUCCGACGACGCCAUGGACUCGUUUGUAGAAAAGUUCCGGAGUCAGUCUUACCGUGGCCGCUUCCAUGAGGACCAGUGGGAGGAGGAAUUUGAAAAGAUCCCCCUAUUUAUGAAGAAAACGCCAUCAGAAAUUGAUCCCAUGGAGAAUCCUGACUUGGCUUGCCUCCAGUCAAUUAUUUUUGAUGAGGAGCGAUCUCCAGAAGAACAGGCCAAGACCUAUAAAGAUGAGGGCAAUGAUUAUUUUAAAGAAAAAGACUAUAAAAAAGCUGUGAUUUCGUACACUGAAGGCUUAAAGAAGAAAUGUGCAGACCCUGAUUUGAAUGCUGUCCUUUAUACCAACCGAGCAGCAGCACAGUACUAUCUGGGCAAUUUUCGUUCCGCUCUCAAUGAUGUGACAGCUGCCAGAAAGCUAAAACCCUGCCACCUCAAAGCAAUAAUAAGAGGUGCCUUGUGCCAUCUGGAACUGAAAAACUUUGCCGAGGCUGUGAACUGGUGCGAUAAGGGGCUGCAGAUAGAUGCCAAAGAGAAGAAGCUUCUGGAAAUGAGGGUUAAAGCAGACAAACUAAAGCGAACUGAACAGAGAGAUUUAAGGAAAGCAAAGCUGAAAGAACAGAAGGAACGGAAUCAGUAUAAGGCUUUACUCCAGUCCAUCAAGGCUAGGAAUAUCAGGCUAGUCUCUGAAGCUGCCGGUGAGGAGGAAGAUUCAGCCUCAGAAGGUCUAGGUGAACUUCUCCUGGAUGGGCUCAGUUCUGAGAACCCCUAUGGAGCCAGGCUGAGUGCCGAUGACCAGGGCAGACUGAGCUGGCCUGUACUCUUUCUGUACCCGGAGUAUGCCCAGUCGGACUUCAUUGCUACUUUUCAUGAGGACUCCAGGUUUAUUGAUCAUCUAAUGGUGAUGUUUGUUGAAACGCCCCCUUGGGAUUUAGAACGAAAAUACUGCCCUGAUAAUUUAGAGGUCUACUUUGAGGACGAGGACAGGGCAGAGCUGUACCAGGUGCCUCCCGAGAGCACCCUGUUGCACGCGCUGCAGCACCCCAGGUACUUUGUAAAAGCUCUGACACCAGCAUUUUUGGUCUGUGUAGGAUCCUCUCCUUUUUGCAGAAAUUAUAUCCAGGGGAGGAAGGUACACCAGGUAAAGUGACCGAGCCAGGCUGUGAGAGCCAGGCCCGCUGGAUCUCCUUCCUCAUCCUCCUGUCUGGAAUCCAGCAUACCUGAAUCACCUGGACGUACUCCUAGAAUCCAACACUUUCUGUCACCCUGAGACAAUCCUUGCUCACACUGGUGGGAGGAGCUGUUGACUCCGUGAACUGCACCCUUUCUGGUCAAAGUGCUGAGCCCCAGAUGGUUGUCACUUUCCUCUAUUGAUAGAAAACUCUGUGCCUUGGUCAUGACAUCCUUGGACUCACUGUGAGCUAUGUUAACCACUAGCCUCCAUCUCAGAGGGACCAUCUGUUGCAGUUACCAUAGCAACUGACCCAAGGAACUCACUGGACUGGCUUAGGAUCCAGGGACAUAGUUCUGAACUUUUAUGCAUUUAGACGCCUUAGAGAAGCUGCCCCUCAGAUUGCACAUAUACACAAACCACGCAUGUAAUUUUAAGGCAUUAAAGCUGAGCAACUCCGGCCUCCUGUUAUUUCAUGAGCACAGAGGGUUGCUCUGUGGGGAUGCUGUAGAAGCCUUGGGGUGCGAUGCGGCCAGGAAAGCUGGGUCCUGACUCUGCAUCUAUAAAGACCUACAAUCUGGGAUCCUCCAGAAACCCUAGAAAGUUUGCCAGUUUUCCUGAUCUCUGCAAUAGGGAGGCCUGUGACACACUUGGACAGCGGAUUCUACAUUCCUCCCCAGUUUUCACAUUUUAGUUUUGUGCCUUUUGUACUGGAAAAUCUUUUUGCGUGUUGAGUCAUUGUCAUAGGUUGUGUUUUUGUCUGCAGCUAUUGGCUUCCUCCUUCCUAGAGGGUUUUAGACAUCCUUACUUAUAGCCAUGUGACUUCCUGUAGUGCCCACCCUAUCCCCCCAGGGGACUUCUCUGAAGAGCCAUUGCAUGACAGCCUCAUGCUCUUUUCCCUCUGCCAUGAGAACCCAUUUCCCAGAUUGGCACUGUUCCUUCAGCCUGGGUCAGAAUGGUGAGACCUGUGGAGCAGAGGUGCAGUGGCUGGCCUGCAGCCACUGAUUGUAAUGUGAAUGAGAAAAUGUUUGUUGUAAUAAUAAGCACUUAAGGUUUGGGGGUUGUUAGUAACUAUAGCAAAGCUAAUAUGUCAUUAAACUGAAACCAGCUGUUGUCCUUCAGGUGGCCUAAUGUGGGGUUUUGUGCUGUGUGCUUCCUUGUCUUUGAAGGGCAAUUUGUUGUGGAAUAUUGACAAAGCACCAAGCAGCUUUCCUUCUAGGUACAGGUCCCUGCCUGUGGCUUGUGGCCAGGAAGCUGAAGUCAAGCCUCCUAAGCCUGGCUGAGGCCACAUCGAGGCCGUUCUCCCUCACUCCCCAGCUAGAGACUCCCGCUUGGCUUUCUGUCAGAACUCAGCAUUUUGUGUGACGCCUGACACUGAGUUAGCAACGACUCUAGCAGGCAUGGCAGGGUUCCCUGUAACAGUCACUUCCAGCCACCUCUCUCUCGGGGCAAAGCAGGUUCCGGUG